AUGAUUAUAUUCUUUAGAAUUUUGAUUUUAUUAAGAUUGGCUUUCACUUGUUUGGGUGCUGUUGGUGGAGGAGGUGGUGGAUUGUUAGAAUUGCCUUUUGAUCCAACUCAUGUUAACUGGUUUGAAGAGAGAGGGAAGAGGAAGUGGGACAUUAAUUGGGAUUUCCGUGAUCCACGCUCAAUUGUAGAACAAAAAAAUGAAUUGGCUGGGAUGACUCCUCAACAGCUCAAAGAUUUAAUUGCAAAUAAUACACCAAAAGCUACAAGGAAUAUUUUUCUUAUAAGGCAUGGUCAAUAUAAGAAGGAAAAGGCUAAAGAAAAAAAGAAGCUUACUCCACUUGGGCGAGAACAGGCAGAAUUUCUUGGGAAAAGGUUAACAUUGGCAAAAAAUCAAUUAAAGAUUGACAAGUGCGUGUUUUCUACAUUGAUUAGAGCAAGAGAGACGGGUGAAAUUAUGGCGAAGCAGAUGCCUCAUUUAAAAAUUGGGUGCACCUUGGAUUCGAUGUUGGAAGAGGGGGCGCCUUAUCCUGGAAAUCCACCUGCUCAUGGUUGGAACCCGAGCCCAUUUCAACUUCACACUGACGGGGCAAGAAUUGAAGCGGCAUUCCGUAAAUAUUUUCAUCGUGCAAAGCUGUCUCAGAAAGAAGAUAGUUUUGAACUUAUUGUGUGUCAUGCUAAUGUGAUUCGUUAUUUUGUUUGCAGAAUCCUUCAAUACCCUCCCGAACGAUGGAUCGUUUUCAAUUUGGCUCAUACCUCAAUAACUUGGAUAGAAAUUAAACCAGAUGGCCAUAUAUUUAUCAAAACUGUUGGAGAUUUUGGACAUUUGCCUGCAGGAAAAAUUACUUUUAAUAAUGUUUAAAUUUUUGUCUUUUUAAAUUAUACGAGUAUUCUAUGAGAAAAGAACGGGUGACAAAAUAUUUUUUUGUUGAUUUUAGAUCUCUCCUAAAAUUUUAUUAUUAUUCUAGAUCUCUCUUUAACUUUUUUUUUGAUUUUUGCGGGUUAAUUAUUGUU